AUGGACCCCGAUUGUGAAGACUCUGUGAUGUCGCCGUCCGCCAACCAACUCACAGAUGGGAAGAGCAGAGAUGAGUCAUGGUAUUGCAAGCAGGAGCUGGCGGGCGUCGAGGUGCGCCUGCUGGACCAAGACACCUGGCGGCAGUUCUCGGAGGUGGGCACCGAGAUGAUCGUCACGAAACCUGGAAGACGCAUCUUCCCGGAGCUGAAGGUGUGCGUGUCGGGCCUGGAGGCCGGCGAGCAGUACGUUGUGGCGCUGGGGGUGCGGCUUAGCUGCGGGCAGCGUUUCCGGUUCCACAAGGGCCGCUGGGCGCCAUGGGGGCGCGCCGACCCGCCGCGGCGCGCGCCCGCUCGCAACCUCUUCCUGCACGCCGACGCUCCCGCCGACGGCCGGCAUUGGAGCCGCGGUGCCGUCUCCCUGUACGCCGCCAAGCUCACCAACGACCCCGCCUCGAGUGCGCCGCUCGGCUCUCAGAAUGACGAUUUGGCAGCCCUUAAAAUUCGCAACAACCCAUUUGCCAAGGCAUUUAGAAACAAGCUCACAAGGCGACAGUCUAAUGUGGACGUGGCAGAGGUAUCUUCCGAUUGUAAAUAA